CUUGUAGCAAUUGACACAAAAGAAGGACCCACAGACAACAAAUGCUUGGAAGAGAAACCCAGCUGACUAGUGUCUGUCUCUUCUUUAGAUUCUUUUCAUUUUCUCCAAUGUCUGAACAAAACCCAAAUCACAAAAUUCUCUCACCUUCUUCUUCUUCUGUCGUUCUCUCAUGGCCUCAGGAACUGGGACUUGUUUCGACUUCGACGUGUAUCAUGACUACAGUGAAAUGACGUCGUUUAAUAAGACUCGGGCACUUCAGACGCAAGAGAGCUAUCAGUUGCAACUCGCUUUGGCUCUUCGCCUUUCUUCUCAGGCUGCUUUAGCUGAUCAUCCCAAUUUCUUGGACUUCAAGUCCCAAUCCCAUGAUCAGGAUGUUGAGUCCCUCGCUCAUCGUUUCUGGGUGAAUGGUUGUUUAUCUUACUCUGACAAAAUACCAGAUGGGUUUUACCUCAUUGAUGGACUGGACCCAUAUGCAUGGAAUUUAAGCACUGAUCCAAACGACUCUGGUCGAAUACCAUCGUUGGAGACCCUGAAAGCCAUACGUCCUCGUAAUGAAUCGUCUGUUAAAGUUGUCGCGGUAGAUAAACUCAGGGAUUCUGGUUUGAUGGAGCUACAAAAUUGGGUCCUUCGUCUUUCCAGUACGUGGUUCACAACUGUUGAUGUGAUUUAUCAGCUUGCAAAUCUUGUUUGCAAUCGCAUGGGGGGUGCUGUUGUUUCUUCUGAAGAAGAGUUGGCUAACCGCUGGAAGGAGUGCAGUGUAAAUUUGAGUGACUGCUUUGGCUCCAUUGUAGUUCCCAUUGGUUACUUGUUUGCUGGACUUUGUGUUCAUCGUGCUGUACUGUUUAAAAUUUUGGCUGACUUGGUUAACUUACCUUGUCGAAUUGUUAAGGGGUGCAAAUACUGUAGUAAGGAUAUUGCUGCCUCCUGCCUUGUGCUACUUGAUUCUGAAAAGGAAUAUGUGGUUGAUUUGCUUGAGAUGCCAGGAGUUCUUAGCCAGCCAGACUCUUCUCUUAAUAGUGCAUUAUCCAUUUUGGUUUCUUCACCACUAUGCCAUCCAAAAUUUAAAUCUGUCAAGACUUCUCAGAACAUUCAGAUGUUAGCAAAACUUUAUUUCAUUGAAUAUGGAUCUCUGGCUCUUGCUUUUGACGACACUUCUUCUGGUACUCGUAAAAAUCAAGAUGAGAGAAAAGUUUCAAGAAGACCUGAAGAUUUUGAUUUAAACUACAUUGACAGGAACAACAUUGCAUCCACAUCUCUGGAAAAUCAUGAAUUAAUUGCACCACCUUUUCAAAAAAGAGCUCCACUGAAUAUCACAAAUUCUAGAGAUCAUCGAAGGCUAGCAUUUUCUGAUCCAAUUUCUAAUCUCAUGGACUCUACACACGUGAUCAAGGACUCCAUUCAACCACGUCAUAUCCUAACACUUCACUGCAGAGAUGCUCUCCCAGAGUUUUCUAAUCAUCGGUCAGCUAAUACUAUUUCGUUAAUAGAGCAAAAUGAACCAGUAAAGAGUAGACUAAACCGUCAAUUUUGUUUUGAUGAGGAGGGUUCACACAUCUUGUGGCGUGAACUUGCUUUAGAGGAGAAAAUUGGAUCAGGCUCUUUUGGAACUGUCUAUCGUGCUAAAUGGCGUGGCUCAGAUGUGGCUGUUAAAGUUCUCAAGGAACAAGAUUUUCAUGCAAAGCACUUCAAAGAAUUUCUCGAGGAGGUUGCUAUCAUGAAACGUUUGCAACAUUCAAAUAUUGUUAGGUUUAUUGGUGCCAUUACUCAGCCACCAAACUUCUCCAUAGUUACAGAGUACUUAAAAAAUGGUUGUUUGUAUAAACUUUUAAGGAGGCCUGAUGCUGGAGUUAUACUCAAUGAAAGGCUUCGGUUGAAUAUGGCUUACGAUGUGGCAAAGGGAAUGAAUUAUCUUCAUCAACUUCAACCUCCCAUAGUCCACCGAGAUCUGAAGUCCCCAAAUCUUUUGGUUGACAGAAAUUAUACAGUAAAAGUGUGUGAUUUUGGCCUAUCCCGUUCAAAGGAAAACACAUUUUUAUCAUCCAAAACAGCGGCAGGAACACCUGAGUGGAUGGCACCUGAAGUUCUCCGCGCUGACCCAUCGAAUGAGAAAUCUGAUGUUUAUAGCUUUGGUGUAAUCCUGUGGGAACUAAUGACCCUGCAGCAGCCAUGGAGCAACUUAAAACAACUUGAGGUUGUUGGAGAGGUUGGAUUCAAGAAUAAAAGACUUGAGAUUCCAAGAUAUGUACAUCCCCAAGUAGCUGCCUUGAUUGAGAUUUGCUGGGCCAACGAGUUGUGUCAACGGCCUUCAUUCUCGUAUAUCAUGGAAGCUUUACAGCAUCUGAUAACCAUUUUUUCACAGUGAUCAGAUGACAUAAAAGUUUCACGAAUUACCUAUUGUACUUUACCAUUGUGGUUUCUUUAGAUGCUUGUAUACUGAUUAUAACAGACUUGAAAAGGGUCUAUACUAAGAGUGUAGGGGAAAAUCUUUGCAUUCUUCAUCCGUUGCUGAGCUUAGCCUUGUCACAACAACAUUGUUCCUAAACAGUAAAGUGACCACCUUUGUCAUCUUGUAUAUAUCAUGUGAUGAACUGAUUUCUUUUUCUUUAUUUUUUUUUCUUUUUUUCCUGAUCUAGCUUGUUCUUAAGCUGUAUGUAUACAAACUUGAAAAUAAAAGUCAAGAUUGAGUGA